GGACGGUCUGUUAUUGAGAGCAGCACCGAAUCAAUCAUGCACUCACUCAAAUACGAUUUAUUUCGAUAUGGAACAGAUCUUGAUAGUUGCAAAGCUCUGAUGUCAGAAGCAAAGCCCGCUCAAGUUUUACAGUUGGAACCAGCAAAAGAACUGGUUUUCCAAGGCCCGUUCACUGACAUUGUCAAUGCUCACUUACAGCUGAAAAAUCCUACUGAAAGGCCGGUAUGUUUCAAAGUGAAAACAACUGCUCCAAAACAAUACUGUGUACGUCCCAAUUCGGGAGUCUUGCCACCGAGCAGUUCGAAAACCAUAACUGUAAUGCUGCAACCAAUGGACGGUGUUCCAACUGAUGUAGCUCGUCAUAAGUUUAUGGUGCAGACAUGUUUCUGUCCUCCCGGUGAUGUUGAUCUCGAUAAUAUUUGGAAGACCAUCCCCCCGAAUGAGCUUAUGUACAGCAAAUUGAUGGUAGUGUUCCAACAACGUACGAGUGAACAUGGAGGAGCCGUAAGAGAGGAAGUGCCCUCUGCUGUUGCUUUCAAUACUCCACAAAACGCUGGUAAUAAUCGAGCAUCUGCUUCUCCUGGUGGAAAUCGCGUUUCGGAGCUCGAGGAGAAAUUGAAGAGCGAAACUGAUUUGCGGCUAAAGUCGGAGAAAGAAAGGGCCAUACUUCAGCACGAUCUUGACGAACUUUUUAGUAAGCAUGCCAAACUGCAGCAAGCAAUGCAGUCCCCUGAAGGUGGCACUCCUACUAUUCAGGUGAUCCUGCUUGCAAUCGCUGCACUGUUGGUUGGUCUGAUCGUGGGCAAGUUGUUCUAA